AUGAACCGACUUGUGAGUGCAGUCAUCCUUUUCAUGAGCUUGGGAUUGAAAGCCCACAGUUUGCAUGAUCGGGGCAUGGUCUAUAGAUUUGACAAUAUUGAACCAUCAGCCAACCUGACAUGGACACCAUGUUUCGAUACCUUUGGUUGCUCUAGACUGGAAGUUCCUUUGGACUAUUCAAACAGAAGUCUUGGCACAACGUCGAUUGCCUUCAUCAAGCUGGCUGGCAAAAAUGCCACCAUCGAGUCUCCCAGCAUUGUACUCAACCCCGGCGGUCCGGGUGGUUCUGGUGUCGACCUUCUCCUCACAUACCAGAGUGUCAUCGGACAGAUGUUUGGAGAGCAGUACAACUUUGUCUCCUUUGACCCUCGCGGUGUGAACAACAGUGGCUUGCAUCUAGACUGCUUCUCAAAGGACGCAGAGGCAAGAUCGGCUUUCUAUCGACUGCACAGGACAGGCGCCACCAAUAUCUCAUCAACAUCACUUGAGGAACAGUACUAUUCAAGCUCCAUCUACGGCGAGUGGUGCAACAAUGCUGUGGAGAACAAGUCACCACAUUCAUAUUAUGUGACUACGCCAGCAGUUGCCCAUGAUUUGCUCACAUUUACCGAAGCCGAGGCUGAGAUGGCAGGUCAGUCACCAUCAAACGCCAAAUUGUGGUGCUAUAGCAUCAGUUACGGCACUGUCAUCGGGAGCACUUUCGCUUCGAUGUUUCCUGACCGCGUUGGGAGAAUGAUACUCGAUGGCGUUCUGAACACAGAGCAAUAUUAUAACAACUAUUGGACGGACAAUGUUGAUCAAAUGGACGAGGCCAUGGAAACAUUCUCGACUUUCUGCCAUUCCGCAGGGUCUGAAAAGUGCUCAUUUUGGGGACCCACACCGGCUAACAUCACGGCGAGAAUGAAUGGCAUUAUCCGUCAGCUUCAGAACCAUCCAGUACCGCUAAGCGGCGUCGGCGAUCUAGAUCUGCCGACAAUGGUCACCUAUUCAGACCUGAAGACUCUUUUCCUCAACACACUCUACUACCCACUGGAAAGGUUCCCAAGCAUGGCCGACAUCCUACACCAGGCCGACUAUGGGAAUUUCUCCGCUCUUGGGGGCAUGUAUGACCAGUCAAACCCUAUAACCGAUGCCCGUCUCGCCAUUACAUGCACCGAUUCGUAUCGGAGAAACAGGCUUACUACCAUUGAAGAGUUCAAGAUUUGGGCGGAGUACACGGGUUUCAAGAGCAAGUACAUCGGUGAUAUCUACCCGACCUUUCUGGAAGGUAUCUUAUGCCGAUCAUUCCGACCGCAGUUGCCUGAUAGCAUGGUAGUUCAAGACGAAACAAGCGCACUAAACAUGCCUACAUCCUUCCCAAUCCUCAUUGCGAGUAAUACCAUCGAUCCUAUCACGCCGUUGGAAUCGGCGCGCAAGAUGUCUUCUUGGUUUGCUGGAUCUGUCCUUUUAAUGCAAGAAGCCGUUGGUGGGGCAUCAGACUGUUACUUUGGACAAAUUCAGGCAUACCUCCAAGGCACAGUUCCAUCGUCCAACACUACAUGCCCGCGACAGUACAUUCCUUUCAUGAAUGCCUUCCCGCUUUAA